AUGACUAACGUAAUAAAAACUGUCACCGACGAUGAAGGUAAACUGCAACUGAUAAACAUACUGCGAACAAAUAAAUGUAGUUUAAUAGCAGAUGAAUCCACAGAUAGGUCCUGUUCGAAGCAUUUGUGCCCAGUUGCCCGAGUUGUGGUUAAUUUUAAUGUAAAGGACUACUUUCUAGCCCUUUUGCCUCACAAAAUCCUCCAUCCAUCACAAACAAGAUGGCUUUCCCUAGAAUCGGGUGUGAUUUCACAAUAUAACGCGUUAAACCUUUAUUUCACAGAGCAAGCCUUUGAAAGAGUGCUGCAAGCAGACAUUAUUUUAGAGAAACUUAGAAAGCCGGAAACAAAAUUAUAUCUUGAUUUCUUGGCAUAUAUACUACCUUUAUUCAAUCAGCUAAAUCUUUUAAUGCAGAGUGAAAAACCACAGUUACAUAGAAUAUAUGAAGAGGUCACAUGUGUUUUGAAAACCCUCAUGGAUUAUUUUAUUAAAGCAGAUAUUUUAGAGAAGAACAUGAUAUAUAAAAUUGAUUACAAAAAUCCAAGAAAUUUCUUACCUAUUAACGAUAUGUACUUUGGAGCAUCAAUUGCUGGCAAAGAUUUGCAAGAUAUGUCUGUGUCGACAUUUGAAAAUAUGUAUAGAGAUUUAUAUUACCAGGACGAUGAAAGCUAUACCAUCACUGCAGACAAGAAUGACAGAAAUAAUAAAAAUAAUAUUUUAGAUGAGGUUGACGAUGAUUUUGAAGUAGGUUUAAGUUCACUUUUUGCAAAUAUAUCUGAAGAGGAACUUACAGAACCAUGGAGAAAGGAAUUGGAUGAAUAUUAUAACAGUCCAAGAGCUAGGGAAAAGACAGACGUGAUUAAUUGGUGGUGGAAAAAUGAGAAAACUUUCCCCAAUUUGUCAAAAAUGGCAAGAGAUAUUUUAUCCAUUAUGUCCACCUCUGCACCAUCGGAACGACUUUUCUCGAAGGCAGCCCUUUUGAUUACCAAACAUAGGAAUCGCUUGACUAACUAG